AUGAUGAAUCGACCAGUCCUGCCAUCGAUCCAUCUCCUCAUCCGCGAUGAACGAUCCAACGAAGCUGCUUCUUUAACGUUGGCACCCCUGCAGGUCUCUCCGCAAGAUCAUUCUUCACGACCACGACAUGCUUCUCAUGAACAGCGACAUGUAGCUAGAUCACUCUCUGAACCAUCUCCCAAGACUGCGCAUAAUUCGGGGCCCCAUCAGUUUCCUCAUUCACUACCGCAUUCUCGCAAACCUUCAGAGUCAUCAUACAACGCAACAUCAUCUUCAUCGCCUAAUUAUGCCUAUGCGCAACACCAGCCACACGGGGGCGCCUCACCCUCAGACUAUUUUCAGCCAAAUGCGCCACACUCGCGCCCAACGACCUCAUCGGGUAUGCCAGACUACGAGCGGCUAGCUGAGGAUGGUGAAGACAUCUUCUCAGCAUCAAUGAAGUACGAAUGCAACGUCUGCAUGAAACGAUUCUACCGCCCUAGUGGACUUAGGAUCCACCUUGCAUCCCAUUCAGACGAUAAACCAUUCAUAUGUCCUGUUGAAGGAUGUGGACGCAGUUUUGGCGUUCUGAGCAACAUGCGCCGCCACGCUCGGCUGCACCAAUCAGACAGCGAGAAUGCGGCAUCGCUAGAUGGACAUCAUCGAUAG